AUGGAUGAUGACAAAAUAUCAUUGAUAACCUUUACAGAAAGAGAAGGAUUUGAUAAAAAACAAAAAUUAGAUAGUGAUUUAUAUCCAUUUUCAAAAGGAGGUAUUUCGUUACUUGAACUAUGUUGUUAUCAUGGAUCUUAUGAAUAUUUUCAGUUUUUAAGAACGAAAUUUCAAUCAAUAAUAACUCCAAAUUGUCUUAGAUAUUCGUUUUUGGGUGGAAAUCCAGACAUUAUGAAUGAAUGCUUGAAAGUACAAAUACCAGAUAACAAAUGCAUGAAAUAUGCAAUUAUAUCACACAAUAUUGAUUUUGUCACGUUUUUGAUGAAUGAACACAACAUAAAAAUUGAUUUAGAAUUGUGCUCUCAAUACAAUAAUCUCCAAUCAUUUUUAGUUUAUUUGGACCAAACAUAUGAUAUCAACACAUGUUUUGUUUAUUCCCCCAGUUUCCAUCUUUCAUCACUUUUAGAAUAUCUUAUUUCAAAAGGCGCAGAUAUCAAUGCUAAAGACGAAGAUGGAUGUACCCCUCUUCAUUAUGCAGCUGGGAAUAAUAACAAAGAAACAGCCGAAAUUCUUAUUUCAAAUGGAGCAGAUAUCAAUGCUAAAAACAAAGAUGGAUCCACCCCUCUUCAUUGGGCAGCCAUAGAUGGUAGCAAAGAAACAACCGAAAUUCUUAUUUCAAAUGGAGCAGAUAUCAAUGCUAAAGACAAAGAUGGAUGUACCCCCUCAUCAAAUAACAACCAGGAAUUAUUGCAAUAUUUACUUUGA